AAUCACGAUCAAGAUCACAGUCGCCGCCAGGAACGGAGUCGCUGUCAAGAUUACGGGCACUUUCAAAGUCACAAUCAAGAUCACAGUCGCCGUCUGGAUCGAAGUUACAAUCUAACACUAAGUCACGCUCUAGGUCUAAGUCACGUUCUAGAUCUAAGUCACGUUCAAGGUCAAUUUCAAGUAUCGUUGGUGGUGUGUCUUUCGACCUCUCAAGAUUUUCGUCAAAAUCAAGGUCUAAGUCACGUUCUAGGUCUAAGUCAAAGACAAGGUCAAAGUCAAAGUCACGUUCUAGGUCUAAGUCAAAGACAAGGUCAAAGUCAAAGUCAAGAUCUGAGUCAAAGUCAACGUCUAAGUCACGUUCUAGAUCUAAGUCAAAGUCAAGGUCAAAGUCACGUUCUAUAUCGAAGUCAAAGUCAAGGUCUAAGUCACGGUCUAGCUCAAAGUCACGGUCUAGGUCAAAGUCGAGGUCUAGGUCAAAGUCACGGUCUAGGUCUAAUUCACGGUCAAGGUCAAAAUCACGGUCUAGGACAAAAUCACGGUCUAGCUCUAAGUCACGGUCCAGGUGUAAUUCACGCUCUAGGUCUAAGUCACGAUCUAGAUCUAAGUCACGUUCAAGGUCAAUUUCAAGUAUCGUUGGUGGUGUGUCUUUCGACCUCUCAAGAUUUUCGUCAAAAUCAAGGUCUAAGUCACGUUCUAGGUCUAAGUCAAAGACAAGGUCAAAGUCAAAGUCACGUUCUAGGUCUAAGUCAAAGACAAGGUCAAAGUCAAAGUCAAGAUCUGAGUCAAAGUCAACGUCUAAGUCACGUUCUAGAUCUAAGUCAAAGUCAAGGUCAAAGUCACGUUCUAUAUCGAAGUCAAAGUCAAGGUCUAAGUCACGGUCUAGCUCAAAGUCGAGGUCUAGGUCAAAGUCACGGUCUAGGUCUAAUUCACGGUCAAGGUCAAAAUCACGGUCUAGCUCUAAGUCACGGUCUAGGACAAAAUCACGGUCUAGCUCUAAGUCACGGUCCAGGUGUAAUUCACGCUCUAGGUCUAAGUCACGAUCUACGUCUAAGUCACGGUCUACGCCUAAGUCACGGUCUACGUCUAAGUCACGGUCUAGGUCAAAGUCACGGUCUAGGUCAAAAUCACUGUGUACGUCAAAGUCACGGUCUCGUUCAAGCUCGCGGUCACGGGUAGGGUCACGAAAUAAUCCGCCAUCCCGUUCUCCUUCUCUCUCUCCCCACCGUUCUAAUGCUGGCGAUGCCCUUGAGGAUGGAAAUCGAUCUGGAUCACAAUCGCCUGUAAGACAGCAGCAUGCACAAGUACAAGUGGAGGAUGAAAAUGAUGAUGAUUUGGAUGACGAUGAAGUGGGCGAAGAAGAUGCAAACUUUCCUGUGUUACAAAGAUAUAAGCCGAAACUAUACAAACGAUACAAGAAAUAUAAUCUACUUACACCUGCAGCGACACCUGAACGAUUUGAUCGCUAUGCCAUAGUUGAAAAUAAUAAAGUGUACUUAGGACUAGGGUGCACCGCUGGAAAAUAUAGUUGGAAAUUAAGCAAAAAAAAAGGCUUGUUGGUCUUUACCAGGGAGAUGGCUAAAUAUUUGUGGAAAAAUAAAGUUGAAAAUAUUUGCUUGGACAUAACAAAAGUAAAAAAUUCCAUUCCUGGUCGAAGUCCUGUAAAAUUGUGCUCACCAAGAAAAUUGGAAUUAUAUUUAAGCUUAGUUAAAGACUACAUCAAUACAGAUGAUCGUUACAAAAAUUUGGAGGACGAAGUAAAGAGAGUAAUGAUAAGAGACAGUACACGAAGAUUAAGUAUUAACAUAAGAGACAACAGGAGAAAAAGAAUUCUUUUGAAUGAACAACGUUAGAUGAAAAUAAUACAUUACACAAUUAUACGUUAUGAAAUAAAAGUUGUUUAAUAUUUCUGCAUA